UAGUUCAAGACCUGCAGGAGUUCAGCACACAGGAGGACACAGUGGGACUUUACACUGAGGGACAUAUAUAUAUUUAUAUAUCUAUAAUAUAUAACAUUUAUUUUGGAUAAUCUCUGAUCUGAUUACUGGAAUAAUGAAGUCUCCAAAGCUGAAACCUCAAGCUAAGUUGGUGCAGGAGGAGGACCUGAGCGACGUGCUGUGUGAGUUCGACGCGGUGAUGGAAGACUUCACGUCGCCGGUGGAGAAGCGACACUUCAGGUACGAUGAACACCUGAAGACGAUGAAGAGGAGGAGCAGCGCCAGCGUCAGCGACAGCGGCAUCAGCGACUCAGAGAGUGCAGAGUCACUCAACAGAAACAGCUUCAGCUUCAGUGACGAGAGGCUCAACUCCCCCACCACCAGCUCACCUCCUCUUAUGUCACCAAAACCCAAACUCGGAGACACUAAAGAACUGGAGGACUUCAUCGCCGACCUUGACAGGACAUUAGAGAGCAUGUGACACGGAGGCUCACAGUCAUGUUGGAGUGUAGCCAUGAGGGAAGGAAGGAGGGAGUGGAUGUCUGGACCCCCCAUUGAACACCGAGAACCACCCAACAGGAUGGAACAGCAGCUUCCAAGUGGCUCCACCUCGAAGUCUGGUCCAGCUAAAGUUAACCCAGCACUAACUCCGGGCCACCUGGCUACUGGACUGCAACACGGGUCAAAAUUAGCAUCGAAUGGGGAACCUGAGGAUAAGAAUACUUCAGCAGCAAUGAUGUAACGGACUCCAUGAAAUGUCGUGAGGAAUGAAGACGUGGAAUAUGCGCUGCAAAGAGUCACUGGGACAUUUAUUGUCAGAUUCACAAAUCACCCCACAGAUCAGAUUACACUCCCUCAUCCAAAACUUGAGCUGGAAGAGUAUUUAAAAAAAAAAGGCUUUUUAUAAUAGAAAUAUAUUGUAUUUUAUAGAGCUUCUUAUUGUAAAUUUAUCAGUCUUUUUUUGGGGGAAAUAUAUUUUUGUAUCUUGUGUAAAUAAUAAUUCUAUUUGUUGGUAUUAACAGGACAGUCAGAUUAAGGUUUGACACUCGUUGACUGGAAUAAAGUUGGUUACAUACUUAAAUGUGAACUGAAAACUUAAUACCUUCUGGAAAAAAAAACUGGAAAGCGAUAUAUGUAUUUAAUACAGCUAAUGCCUGCCAGAGAUGAUAUUAAAGUUUGAAAUAUUGUUCUUUUAGUAA